UGUAAAUUUGGUCCGGUCCGCUAGACUGCGCUGAAAAGUCACUAAAGUUGGAUGGCACCGUAAAAAUCUCAACAUUUUUGUGAUUUAUCUUCGACAGUGACGCGAUUUCGUCAUUGCUAAAUGAUUUUAUGCUGCGUUGCAACCGAACUUGAGUGAUUGUUGUUACCGGCUUUACCUGAGGUGAUAAGGAUAAAUUUACCGCUGAUGCAUGAAAUACAACGCAACCAGGACUGACUUCCCUUUAAACUCAUACAGAACAUGACAUCAAUAGCAAACAGGGCAAUGAGUUUGUGAAGGAUUAAACAACAGCACAGUGGCUUCACCUUCAGGCCGCUCAGAGUACUGCAGCAGCCGAUCUGCUUCAUGGCCACGGCUCCAGACGUCUGCAGGACGUAUGACUGUUACAAUAAGAUAAACGUACAAUCAGGAGGCAGUGAGGUGACGCAAAAGACACAUGAGAUGGAGGUCAGAAGUCACCUGAUAACUCCAGGAGCUCCCGAGCUGCAGGUUGGUAUGGACAGUAAGCACCGUGCCGAGCGGAUGAUAGAGCUGCAGGAGAGACGCAGAAGUCUGCAGACGCUGCUGAACACUCGACUGGCAGAUCUGAGACGCUUGUGUCUGCAAGAGGCGGAACUGACAGGUGAAGUUCCUCAUGAAUAUCCUUUAGAAACCGGAGAGAAACCUCCCAACGUGCGACGUAAAUCUGCUUUGUCCCGCAGUGCUUCCAAACAUAACGCCAAAAAUGAGGAAGAGGACGUCUCUCAGCGCAAGGCAAAGAAAACUCUGUUCAGUGGCGCCCUCCGCAGGCACGUUGAUUCGGAGCAACAUCCUUCACAUGGCAAAAGAACAGUUCAUAGAGGAUGCCACACAGAUAACACGGUGAAGUCAGAGAGCAGCUCCACAUCAGAUUCAACCAAUCAGGACACUGAAGAUGUCUCUGACAGAUUGUCGCCCUCGCGCACCCGGCACGUCUCAGAGAGCCCAGACGGCAGAUUUUCUCGAAAACUCUCACCUGUGGAAAUCUACUAUGAAAUAAAAACCCGCCGCAGUUCAGUGGCGAGCUCAGCCAGCCCGAGUCAUUCUCUUUCAAGGAGUGUGUCAAAUUUGGAAGGCAGAAGUGUACCAGCAACUCCACUCCUGUCCCGAAACGGACAAACAGGAGCGCACAUCAGGUCAGAAUCCUCCAGCGCCACUGCUCCUGUGAAGCAGUGGUCAGAUAACCCAGAGGCGUCCCAACCGGCGCCUUCGCAGUCUCAGGAUCCCCCAACCUCCUCAGGGUCCUACGAGCAGGGUCCGCAUGGCUCCCAAACACGACGCAGCAACAGCUCAGAGACGCUUCUUGACCGGAACGGCACCGCUGCCGAAGAGGGAGGUCAAAGGUCGGGAGUGCCCGUGCGAAACGGCUCGUACAAGAACUCGGAAGCAUUGAUGGAACAGGCACAGUGGAACAGCCCCGACCAGCAGAUCAACGGACACGCAGAACUGGGCCGCGUUCGCGCGAGUCGAGCAACGAACGCAGGUGGCGGUUACAGUGAGAUCCUAAUGGAUUACGUUUGGGGAAAGCAGCAGAAGAUGCAAGCUCAGCGACAGCAAAGACUUCAGAACGGUUCAAAAACGAGGGCGUGGCCAGAGGGUUCCAAUGCUCCGCCCCCUCCCUACAGAAAUGGCAUUCCCCAAUCGCAGCAACUCAUUUUGGGCACUGGCCCUCCGGCCUACAGCCCUCUAAUGUUGAGGGGGAAGCCCGGCGAGCCGCGGAGGGUCAAAGUGAGUCGCACAAAGUCCUGUGGUCCGUUUGUUCCCCUUCAGCAACACCAGCAAGAAUCCAUCAUGCUCUCUGCUUAUACAGACAUACCCGCAUCCAACGUUACACAUAACCAGCAGAACGACCACCCUCACAGACCGCCCUACUACCCGUUUGAGUCGUCUGCCUCCACGACUCCCCAUGACCCCACACGCAGCCUGCACAAAGCCCUGGCGCUGGAGGGUUUGAGAGACUGGUAUCUGAGGAACGCGCUGGGUCAGGCGGCCAGCGGGGGAAAGGGAAAAGAUGGGACGCAGACGCAGCGCCGCCGCACCACAUCCUCGCUGCACGGCUCCCACCCGCAACCACCCAUCAAACACCAGACACAGUCAUUCCAGGGAGACACGGUUUAUCCACAACUGCCCCAGUCGGCCACGUUUCAUGGUCAUCCGCUACACACCAGGACGAUGGAGCGCUCUACGUAUCAAGAUACCUUUUCAUCUAAAAUGCAGGAUAUGACACUUAAAGAGACUGAGAGACCCGGUCCAGGCACGCUGGUCUAACAUGCAAACAAACCAAACCCCUGCACACACACAGACAUGGGCUCAUCUCAUCAAACACAGAGACUAAAGCAAACACCAGCUUGUGUGUGUGUGUGUGUAUGAAAUGACAAAAUAGCAGAAAGACUUUUUGAUUCUCUCGAUUAAAUCAUUUUGACAGAAAUCAGUCCCGCCUUCCUUUUAGCUACGUUUUCAUAGGACCCUUUUGCAUGGGAUCAAGCUGUCAUUUUAUUUGUGGACUUAUGUUAAAUUUCCCUUACAAUCAACAAAAGUGGCAGCAGGUUCUGCCAGAGGUUAAAUCAAAUACAGACCGCUAACGUAUGUCAACACAUUCCCAUUAGCAGGAACAAUUUCUAUGCCGUUUUUGUUUCAUUGACCGUUCUCAAAAAGCUUUGUCCCUGUUUUAUUGUUUUAUUAUGAAAUCAUAUUUCUAUGCAAAAUACAAUCAAAAAGACAAAACCCGUGAUUAAAAAAAGCCAAGCCGAAUAUUAAACUUUAGACUGUUAGAGAGCUAAUUCCUGCAUUCAAAAUCACAUACUGAAUUAAAUGAAGUACCUACACUGUUAAAAAAAAUGCAGCAUUUUGUCAAAUAAACAUAUAUUUUUAUGUUACUUUAACAAAUUAAGUUAAACAAUUUCAACUUCUUUUUAUACUUUAUGUCAACCGGUAUAUUAUAUCACAGGUAUAAAACUUUAAAUAAUAGGUUGAAUUAAUUUGUCAUGCUGCAUUUUAACAUCACGCCAAAACAGUAGGUUCUUAUAUAGGGUGAAUAUGGGUAGUGUAAAUGGCAUACUACUACUACGACGAAUUUGGACAUACUACUCACCUCGCCUACUGAUUUUCGCCUACUAUAUAGUAUAAAGGUAGACGAUUUUGGACGCAGCAAAUUACUCGUAGUAUUUAAAAAAAUGUAUAUUUCUGUAAUCUUUAUUGUUAAAUUUGAAUAUGGAAGAGUAUAAAGAUGCUCAUUCAGGGUGAUGUCAUUAAAAAUGGCACAACGGUCGCUGUGCGGCUCAAAAUGUAUAUCUGUAUCACUCAUGGUCUCUAUAACCUCAGGAUUAAUGAUAUACUUUACCAGUAUUACCAAACGCAAUGUUGAAGAAGACACAAUAUAGCUAGAUUAAAGAGACAGUUCACCCAAAAAUGAAAAUUCUGUCAUCAUUUACUCACCCUUAAGUUAUACAUUUCACAUAUUUAAACAUAUUUGUAAUGAAGCAGGAAACAGAAGCACCAUUGACUGCCAUAGUAAGAAAAAAUACUACUAUGGAGGUCAGUGGUGCUCAAAAACAGUUUGGUUCUCAAAAUUCAUUUACUUAACCCUCAAAUGAUAAGUUUCUUUGUUCUGCUGAACACAAAGGAAGAUAUUUGUAAUAAAGCAGGAAACAGAAGCACCUUUGACUUCCAUAGUAAGAUAAAAUACUGCUAUGGAAGUCAGCGGUGCUCAAAACAGUUAGGUUACAAACAUUGCUCAAAAUUCACAUACUUCAUCCUCAAAUGAUACGUUUCUUUGUUCUGAUGAACACAAAGGAAGAUAUAAUGAAGCAGGAAACAGAAGCACUAUGACUUCUAUAGUAGUAUUUUUUCCUACUAUAGAAGUCAAUGGUGCUUCAGUUUCCUGCUUCAUUAGUCAGUGGUGCUCAAAAACGGUUUGCUUAAAAUUAAUUUUUCUCCCCCUCAUUAGUUUCUUUGUUUUGCUGAACACAAAGAAAGAUAUUUGUAAUAAACCAGGAAACAAAGGCACCAUUGACUUCCAUAGUAAAAAAAAAGUCAGUGGUGCACAAAAAUGGUUUGGUUACAAACAUUGCUCAAAAUUAAUUUACUUAACCCUCAAAUGAUAAGUUUCUUUGUUCUGCUGAAUGUUAAGGAAGAUAUAAUGAAGCAGGAAACAGAAGCACCAUUGACUUCCAUAGUAGUAUUUUUUUCCUUUUAUAGUAGUCAAUGGUGCUUCUGUUUCCUGCUUCAUAAGUCAGUGGUGUUCAAAAACGGAUUGCUCAAAAUUCAUAUUAUAAGUUUCUUCUUUCUCCUGAACACAAAGGAAGAUAUUUGCAAUAAACCAGGAAACAGAAGCACCAUUGACUUCCAUAGUAAAAAAAAUCCAUAGUGCUCAAAAACGGUUUGAUUAUAAACAUUUCUCAAAAUAUCUUCCUUUGUGUUCAUCAGAACAAAGAAAUGUGCACAUUUCUAACAGGGAGGUGAGUAAAUGAUGACAGAAUUUUCAUUUUUGGGUGAACUAACCCUUUAAUGUAAAACAUUACAUUUGAUACAUCUUAAUAAUCCCAUUCCUGCAAAAACCGUACAACGUCUGAGGUUAUAUUUAACUCCAAAAUCAAAAGAAAUAUUAAAAAAGAAAAAAGUUGCAUGAAUAUAUACAUAUUUCAAUAGUAUUGUUAAUGCAUCAUUAAUAAGGGUAAUGAGAAUAGUCAUUAAGAAUAAUGAGAAAAACAGGCAAACUCAAAAAUAAAAUUUAAAUCCACACAUAAUAAUGAGAAUCUGUAGGAAGCGUUCUUGAUUUAUAUUAAAAUAAUGCAAAAAUGUGUCCCUAAAAUAGGUUAUUUAUUAGAAAAUAAUUUAGCUUCUUUAGAUUUUGGGAUAAAAUGUCAAGAUUUCUAUAUAAAGACCACUAGAAGGAGCCCAUUCAUCGUGUAUCGGAUGUUUUCUGAAUCUAUUCAACUCAACGCUCUUUGCAGAUGUAUGCAAAACACACUGCCAGGUGCAGCUCUCGUUACAAGAAUAACCAGUUUCUUGUGUAUACAAUCUUAAUUGCAAUUGUAAGUUGCACAUGUCAAUAUUUACUGUACUUCUUGGUAAUUAAAUUGGAUGUAAUGAAAAAGACUAAUUAACUAAUUUGGGAACCAUCAUUUUCCUACAUCCUUAUUUUAGGAUUUCAUUUAUUUGAUGUAUUGUGAUACUAAGAAUGUGGCAUGGCAUAGGAUACCAGUGCCAGGAUGCCAAUUUUUGACCAUUGUGCCUAGGAAAUACAAGCGGUGGAGAAACAAUGACUUAUCAUCACAAUGUGUAUUUCUGAAAUACAAAAUGAGGCGCCUGCUUAUAAAUUACCAUCUCAUUUUAGUCUCUCUUUAGAUUAUGAAUGAAAAACUACACAAAGAAAAAAUGAGUUUGGAUUGCUGGCUAAUCCACUCUUAAUAUUAUGGUCUGCUAUAUUUCUUAUAGUGGUGGUGUUAAAACCAGAAACACUUUACAAUAAGGUUGUAUUUGUUAACAUUAGUAAAUGCAUUAGCUAACAUGACAAAGUUAUUUGUGUCAUUUCAUGGUGCAUUAAAGGUGCAGUGUGUCAAUUUUAGAAGGAUCUUUUGACAGAAAUGCUAAAUAAUAUACAAAACUUUAUUAUCAGGGGUGUAUAAAGACCUUUUAUAAUGAACCGUUAAAUGUUUAUUACCUUAGAGCAGUGAUUCCCAACCGGGGGUACGCGUACCCCAGGGGGUACGUGAAGAGUUUCCAGGGGGUACGCGAAAAGAUUUACAUUUUGCUUUGAUCUCAUUUACUUUUAAUAAAAAUGUCUUUCGUUUGUCCAGUCAUUUACCUAAGAUUGAUUUUUGUGAGGAAAGCAUUGUAAAAAGGACAACUUUGUAAUUUUAAUCUUAUCAUUAAUAUAAUUAGCCGUCAAGAGUAAAUGCGCUGCAUGAUCCAAACACAAUAGCGAUGUCCAACUCAAGAACGAUCUGACUAUUUUCAAUGAACCUGAAUAGUUUCUAAAGACACAAAGUUUAUAAACUAUAAAUAAUGUUCAAAUAAUGCUAUAAUAUUCAUUCCCGUUGCCAUUACAUUUUCAAAUUGUUUUUGGCUAACAUAUAUCGUCCCGUAUGAUGUCUUUUGUAUUUAUAGAGAAUGUCUUAACACAUUUUGUUUCUCUUUAUAUUUGAACAGAAUAAUUUAACUUAUUUGCACACUUUAAUUAUCAGUAACUUAAAUUGAGAUUUUAGUAAAUUUAGGGCAUUUACUAAAAAGGACGUGAGAGCUCAAUUCCAAAUAAGCGCCGGAGUGGAAAAUUUGCGUGUGACUUACUACAAAGGCGCAAAUAAAAUACACAAGCACAAUAAUGACAUAAUCACAUUUCUAUAAUGACCAAUGCAAUCUAUUAAAGCAGCGCAAAUUAGUACAGGGUCGCAAAUAAGAGACCUCGGCAGGACAUCGCAAUGAAAAUGCGGACUGCGGAGUAUGAAAUUCCAGCUAAGUGAAAGUAAGACGAAAGAUGAAGGGUAAAAGAAGUUUUGAAAUACCUGAUUUGACUUCUCCUCGUGACUUCUCCUCCUCUUUUCUCCAGCAAAUUAAACAUAGCUUGGCAAACUAUAUAUAUAUAUAUAUAUAUAUAUAUAUAUUUUUUUUUUUUAAGUAUGUUCCUCUGGCAAAAUUUGAGUCCUCGCAUUAAUGUUGCUUCAAAAGGAAAACUUCCACAAAUGCAAAUGCAAUAAGGUCGCAAAAAUAACAUCUUUUCAGAGCUAAAUAUCUACUGCGUGUCUUUAGUAAGUUCAGUCGUUAUUUAACGCCAAAAUGAUGGUUUGCGCAAGCUGUUAGUAAUUCUGGCCCUUAAAGGGGUCAUAUGAUGAAAGUUUUUAAUUUGUAAAAUAAGUCUUUGGCGUUCCCAGAGUCCCAUAUGUGAAGUUUUAUCUCAAAACACCCUACAGAUAAUUAAUUAUAGCAUGUCAAAAUUGCCAUUUUGUAGGGCUGAGUAAAAUGUGCCGUUUUUGGGUGUCUUUUAAAAUGCAAAUGAGCUGAUAAAAUGCAAACACUGAUCGCAAUGAUAGUGGUUUGUUGAAAUAAACAUGCUUAAUCAGUCAGUGCUUUUUACUCUAAUGUUUAAAAUCAAUAAAUAUUACUAAUUAUUUGUCUUUAAAACACAACUUAGGUUUAGUUUCGAUGAAGGGGUACUUGAGCCUUACUGAUAGGGCUGUGGGGGUACUUAGAGCAAAAAAGGUUGGGAACCACUGCCU